GCCGCCGGUUUCCGGCCGGAGGGGUCUGAGCGAGCGUUUACGCCGGCGACUCUGCGGCCGGGUUCCUUCCGCGGGACGGGGAGAAAGAGAGAGAGAGAAAGAGAGAGGAUGUCUCUCUCAGACUGGCAUCUGGCAGUGAAGUUGGCUGACCAGCCACUUGCUCCAAAGUCAAUUCUGCAGUUGCCAGAGGCAGAACUGGGCGAAUAUUCGCUAGGUGGCUAUAGUAUUUUGUUUCUGAAGCAGCUGAUUGCGGGCAAACUCCAGGAAUCUGUGCCAGACCCGGAGCUGAUUGACCUGAUCUACUGUGGCCGGAAGCUGAAAGAUGACCAGACGCUUGACUUCUACGGCAUUCAGCCGGGGUCCACUGUGCACGUUCUGCGCAAGUCCUGGCCAGAGCCCGAUCAGAAGCCAGAGCCCGUGGACAAAGUCGCCGCCCAGAGGGAGUUCCGGGUCCUGCACACGGCCCUGCACAGCAGCUCCUCCUACCGGGAGGCGGUCUUUAAGAUGCUCAGCAACAAGGAGUCGCUGGAUCAGAUCAUCGUGGCCACCCCGGGCCUCAGCAGUGACCCCAUCGCUCUGGGAGUCCUCCAGGACAAAGACCUCUUCUCUGUCUUCGCAGACCCCAGCAUGCUAGACACGCUGGUGCCCGCUCACCCGGCGCUGGUCAACGCCAUCAUCCUGGUCCUGCACUCGGUGGCAGGCAGCACGCCCAUGCCGGGCGCGGACUCCUCCUCCCGGAGCGUGCCGUCCGGCUCGUACCGGGAGAUGCCAGGUGGCUUCCUGUUCGAGGGGCUCUCGGACGAGGAGGAUGACUUCCACCCGAGCACCCGAUCCACGCCCUCUAGCAGCACACCCAGCUCCCGUCCAGCCUCUCUGGGGUACAGCGGGGCAGCCGGGCCCCGGCCCAUCACCCAAAGCGAGCUGGCCACCGCGCUAGCCCUGGCCAGCACGCCGGAGAGCAGCUCCCACACGCCGACGCCCGGCACCCAGGGCCAUUCCUCGGGGACCUCCCCGAUGUCCUCCGGCGUCCAGUCCGGAACCCCCAUCACCAACGACCUCUUCAGCCAGGCGCUCCAGCAUGCCCUGCAGGCCUCGGGGCAGCCCAGCCUCCAGAGCCAGUGGCGGCCUCAGCUGCAGCAGCUGCGUGACAUGGGCAUCCAGGACGACGAGCUGAGCCUGCGCGCCCUGCAGGCCACCGGGGGCGACAUCCAGGCGGCCCUGGAGCUCAUCUUCGCGGGAGGAGCCCCGUGAACCCCGCGCGCGCCCGGCCCGAACCCCCCCCCCCCCAAAAUACACCUGAUGCUCAGCUCUCCCGCUUUGUCCAGUGCUUG